AUAGAACUCACAGUGGCUGCCGUUGUUGUUGCUCUUGUUGCUAUGGUUACAGUUUGAAUCUUGGGAGACGCCGUCAAAAGUUAGCUUACUUUUAAAAUGCGUACAAAACGUUUUGAUUUAAAAGUAUUUAGAGUUUUUUUUUUAUGUCGUUGGAGUCCAGUAACUGGGAAAGCAGGGACGCUUUCUGACAUUUAUUCAGCCGGUAGUUGUCCAGUUUUAGCUAAAGAGGAAACAGUUAGCUUCUUACGUAAAAUCACUACUCAUGGGUUAAAUGCCGCAAGAACAAAUGAUGUUCGAAACCGGGUUGGUCCAGAAUGACCUCAACUGGACUUCUUCAAUGGGUGUCUUUGACAAAGACACACAGGGACGCUUUGUCUUCGGAGACACUGAGGUGAACUUAGAGAGGAAAUUCAGCCUGCCUGAGAAGACCGAGCCAGAGGAUGAGCCCACUCCCACAGACGCGCUCUGCCUGAAGGGAUCCAAUCUCACUCAUGUUCCUGACAGUGUGCUGAAAAACAGCCUGCUCACGCGUCUGUGCCUGCAAGAAAACCUGAUUUCCAGCAUUUCUGGAUCAUUGUUCUCCAGUUUGCCCCAACUGGAGUGGCUGGACCUCAGAAAGAACCUCAUUACGUCCCUUCCUGCUGAAAUUGGCUCACACAGGUGUCUAACACAUCUUCUACUUGAGGCCAAUCCCAUCAUGGAGCUUCCAGCAGAACUCGGCAAUGUGAUUACACUGAGAGGCCUGAGCCUUAGGGACUGCCCCAUUCAUUUUCCUCCAAAAGAGGUUUUGCAGCAGGGAUGCUAUGCCAUCUUGCAGCACCUGAGGACCGUUCUGGCAGAGAGGGAAGUCAGCGAGAGGAGGAGCCUUGCAGCUGAGAACCAGCUCCAGCUGGUGAAGCCGCUGGAUUCCAGCAUGGAGGGAUCAGCAGACGAGGACGGGCUGCUGAGGUUCAGGGAGCUCAAAAACGAGUUGAUGUUGCUGGAAAAAGCAGAGAUAUCUUUGAUACCAUGCAGCGGCCGGAGGUCUCUGCUUUGUCCUUUGGCCGAAAGGAAAGCUUCUUCUACCAAGGCCGUUCCCGAGCUUCAUGUUUCCGGCUCUAAGUAUGGGAAGAAGGCAGAAGAAGCUGCGCGGAGAGAGAAGGAGAAAAGAGAAGCUUCUCUAAAGGCCCGUAAACAAGCCAAAGGAAAAGCAAUACAGAAAAAGAGACAGGAAGUGGAUUCAAACUGGCAUCUAGGGGGACCUUCACAGGAGCCGAUGUUGUGCAUGUCCACAGAGAGGGAAGAGGACAGCUCUUUCAGAUCAGCUCGGGAGCUGGAGCGAAACAUCCGUACUCGUGUUAAGAGGCUGCAGGAGAGGCACAAGAGCACCAGGAGCACUGUGAACCAGGAGAUGUUGGUGAGCGCGGAGGAUGUGGCAGAGAUCAGGAGGUUACAAGCACGACUUCUUGAAAGGAAAGGUCAACGAAGGAAUUUUGAAAACCCUUUCAGUCUAAACUCCUGGCCAAGAUUCCUCUUCAAGUGACUCGGACCGCUGACCGUUUACACCAUGUUUUGAGUUUUAGGAAUCAAAACAUCCUCCAGAUGACUUAAAAAGAUAUUUCCAUCAUUAGUGGCCAAAAUGCAGACAUUUCAAAAAUAAACAUAUGAAGUCUAAUUGUUUUUUAUACUGGAUAUUUGCAACACAACUGCUCCAUUUUUCACUUUAGGCAUGGUUAACAUUAACAAAUCUGUUCGAAAUUAAUUCAAAAAGGGAAAGUUAUCUAGGUCAAGCUUUUUAAAGACAGUUACAAA